ACUGACCGCGAAAUGUGAAAUGCAUUUAUUUCCAAGUGACCAAGAGUACCGUGAAAAUCUUAUUUUACAUGUGUUAAAAUACCGAAGAUAACAAUGAGCUGGGAAAUCAGCUGUGCUGAUAUGUGUCGAGCUUGUAUGAAAGUUGACGGCGUUCUUCUUCCUAUGUAUGAUGACGACACGAUUAGUCAAAAAAAUUUACCCGAUAAGCUUGCCGAACUUGCAUCGAUACAGAUUGAUAAGUUUGAUGGACUACCAAACAUGCUUUGUGCAAAGUGUGCUUACCGUACUGAUGCAUUCUAUGAUUUUAAAUUGCAAGUUCAAGCUACUGAAAAGAAACUUCGCAAAAUGUUUGAAACACAAAUUCGUUAUGCCAUAAAGGAAGAAGCAAUUAGCAAUGAUUUUGAGCCAGACAGUUCGGAACAAUCGAACGAAUUGUUACAGGCGAAACUGUUAGAUGACAAACAGGAUAUUAAGCCCUUAAGUAAUGCAGAUAGUUCGGAGGAAUUUUUACCGGGAGAAAUGAAUAUGAACGAUAAAGGUGAACAAUUCGACAUGUCUGAAUUAGUGGAAGAAAGCGAGGAAUUUAAUAAGGCCGAAAUAUCCGAGUUAAGAGGUAUUAUUAUUUCGAAAUUGUCAGAGGCAGAGGUUGAUCCAGAGAAACGAUUGAAAGGCGAGAUACCCGAUGAAAUUUCGAAAAUUUUUGAAUCUCAGCAAUUAGAUUAUACGAUAAUGUAUAUACCGGAAGAGGAUGUUUCUUUGGAAGACGUGGGGCAUGUAAAUACUGAUAACUCGGUUUCCUGCGAUCCUAUUAAAUUAGAUGACAAUAAAGAAAUGAUCGAAACUAGUUGUAAUGGUGAGCUCUUAGACGAACCUAUGGGUAGCGAGGAAUUUUUGAAUGCUGUGUGCAACGAGAAAAAUGUAGAAAUGGAAACUAGUAGAAUACACAACGACAAGAUUGCGAUACUGGAAGAAAAAUCGAGGGAAAGAAUGAACGGUAAACAUAUACGAAAAGUUUCGUUAGAAGUGCAUCCUCACGCGGAUGAUAGCGAGGACUCAGAUUCUGAUUAUUUCGUUGACCCAAAAGACAAUAUAUUGGGUAGUUUGAACGACACGAUAACGAGAAUAAAAGAGAUUAAACUGGAGGACGACGUGGUACAGUAUCAAUGUACUUUGUGCUUGCAAAAUUACGACAAGCUGACCGGAGUUUUAUUGCAUACUAUAGACAAUCACGUGCCGAGUAGCGGGCCGUUCUUCUGUGUGGUAUGUGAGAAAGACUGCGAGAGUCAUAGAGAAUUACGAACGCAUGUGAAAACGCAUACCGGCCAGUUCCCUUAUUCCUGUUUCAUAUGUAGCAAAGCGUAUGCGAUGAAAAGGUAUCUAAAAAGGCAUAUGGUUUGCCAUACGGAUUUCCCGAGAUACAGGUGUCCAAAGUGUGGGCUGAGAUUCAAAAUCAAGUCAGAGUUAGAGUCUCACAUUACCACGCAUAUACGUGGUGCACCUUAUGCCUGUAGCCAAUGUCCACGACUGUUCAAUCAUAAGGGUAACUACAAGCGACACUUGAUCACUCAUUUGGACCCUCAAGGUCUUCAUCUACCCAAAUAUCCCUGUAAAGUCUGUGGGAAACGAUUUCUAAAUAAUCGUACUUUGGAGACUCAUAUGCGUGUUCAUACUGGUGAAAAACCGUUCAAAUGCGAUGUUUGCGGACGAUCAUUUUCGCAACAAGGCAACUUGUUGAAUCACGUAAGGAUCCAUUCGAAUCCUCGAAGUUACACGUGUGAAGUUUGCGGAAAACGAUUUAACCAAAGGGCAACUCUGAGAGAUCAUAGUCUUCUCCAUACGGGAGAGAAACCGUAUGUCUGUAAUGUUUGUGGAAUAGCGUUCACGUUUAGCGCCGCGUUGAGACGUCACAUGUGGACUCAUACUGGUGGAAAACCGUUCGGAUGUGAAAUCUGUAGUGCUCGUUUCGUUGGAAAGUAUGAUCUACGACGACACAUGAGGAUACACACCGACAGACCUAAAACAAAACGAAGGAAAAAUGUAAUUAAGUCGAGCAGCGAGCAAGAGACUAAAGAAGAGAACGGUGUAAUUUCCGAUCACCCUGAUACAGACACCGUUCUGAUAGAACAGGUUCUACUAACUCAGGAUGUCACACAGGUUGUACAGCAACAAGAGUCUGAGAAAGAAAAUGUGGAUGCUCUUUUUAAUCUUAUACAAUAUGGAUAGUAGUGUUUCCCGUUUUCCGUUCUUACUGUAUA